AUAAACUGUAAAACUCUCACUACACAAAUUGACGGCGCCAGUUGCGCAAGCAGCAAACCUCAACCGCGCAAUAUGGACGGUCGAGAGAUUCCUGGCUUCUACUUCGACAAGGAGAAGGGCAAAUACUUCAGAAUAACAACAGAAGCUCGCUCCGCACCAGGAUACAAGUACACCCAUACAAAUGUUAAGAAGCAACGGGAGCACAAGAGGAAUGAGGCCGAAGAAACGCGCCAGUUCAAACGCCGCAAGAAGCAAACAGUGGUCCUCUCCCAGCCUAGGAGUGCCCUAUCACGAGUUUACCUUGAGCGCGAACUCGGUAUCGCAAGACGGGGUUACUAUUUGCAAUCAGUGUGGCCGGGCGCAGGAAUUGCGGAAUACGACAGUCACUCUGUCAUUCCUCCCUCUAACAUCCGGUAUUUCGAUCGCGGACCCGACCUGUCAGUUCUCUAUGCCGUGUCCGGAGAGACUCAGAUCCUAUGCCACGACCUUAAGGAGGCGUUUCCAGGUAUUCGUUUUCCGGCUGAUACUAUUGCGCGGAUGACGUCGCCGGUUUCCUCAUUGAACUUCCUACCAGCCUCGAGGGCCCUCGUAAUUACAACCUCUGGCUCUGACCGCCCGCCAGUCGUGUACCUCACGGAUCCGGAGACCGAUGGCCCAUAUGUUGGAGAGCAGUUCACACCGCGACACUGCACAAGCAUAUGGGGCGCGUCUCCUAGACCUGACUUCUCCGUCUCAGAGACAGGUCGAAGUGUACCCGCCACCGCGACCGAGGCUGUCGCUGUCGCGGCCUCGUCAAAUUUGCAGCUCUACACGCGUGCACAAUCGGGAAGAUGGGAGUGCGAGGUUUUGCGUAAGUCAACCUCAGACAUUCUAGCGUUAACUUGGCUCUCCGAUACCGCAAUCGCCAUGGGACAACGUGACGGCAAGAUCCUAAUCUACGACACCCGCGCUCACGGUUCCGCACAUAUCCUCUCGCAUUCAGCACCGAUUAGUCACCUCCGUCGCGCCGACGACUUCACGAGGAUAGUCUGUGCGGGCCUCUUCAACACACUCUGCACCUACGAUAUGCGCGCCUCGAAACCACCGGUGAGACCGGAGCACAUACCCGUGACCAAGUGGCGCGGAAGGAACGGACAUCCCUUCGUGGGCUCGCAAUGUAUCACCAAGUUCCGCGAGUACCGGAACAAAGAUGUUCUCGAGCUAGGCAUGGACGUCCACUCUAGACUUGGGCUCGUUGCCGCCGCCAACGAGUACGGGAGCUUGAAGGUGUGGAACAUGUAUACGGGUGCUCUGAUCAAGAAACGGCUCAAUGCUGAUUACGAGGAACCGCGCUUGGGUGAGACUAACGCUGCGGCUAGGAUGAGGUGUGUCAGGUUCUUGGAGGAUGCGGAUGGUGAUGUGAGUUUGUGGGCAAAUGUUGAUGCAGGUGUCACUAGGUUUGAGUGGUAG